AUGUCAGUCGUCGUGAUGCUCCAGCGCCCCGGCAGUGGGCAGAGGCCUUCCCGAGCGGAGCUCACCGCGAUUGGCCUCACCCCUGCACAGGCAGACCAGGAGCUUGUCAGACAAAGUGAGCUGGAGGUCGUUUAUGCAAGCAUCACUCGUUGGAUGAUGCUCUUUGGAUGUAUCAUUUGUGCUUUGCUACCCGUGAGCCUCGUCCUGUUCUCGUACUUGAUAUACAGCUUUGCCCAAGAAUCGUGGAAGGACUGCGACGUGCCGCUGCGUGUGUGGUUCUAUGUGGCGAUGUUCAACAUCGCCUACCACAUCAACCUGGGCGGCAGAUCGCUUCAUCGACAGGUGAUCAGGAGCGUGUGCAGAUACCAGGCGCCCGAGCAGAGCCUGGAGAUUCCUCCGGCGCGUGUGAGGUUCUAUCACUGGCUCACGACUAUUUUUGUGUUCUCGUGGCACUGCAUUGGCCUGCACUGGACCCGCAUCAGCCUUUCGUGCCAUGAGACAGCUCCCAACAUGUUCAUGGCCACCUACCUUUUUGCCGCAUUCAAUGUCUUUUUCACGAUAUUCACAGUGGUCUCGACCUACGGGUUGCAACACAUGUUAGCUUCCCUGCUCCGUCGAGGUCUCCUUCCAUCUUCCAUGGUUUCCGACCGUGCAGCACCCGAGGGCACGAUCGAACUUCAGCAGACUGUGAUCUUCGACCCACAGGAGUUCGGAGAUGCACUGCAGUGUCCGGUCUGCAUGGAGGACUUCAACAAGGAACACAAGAUCAAGAAGACUGUAUGUGGGCAUUAUUUCCACGAGAGUUGCUUGGUCCACUGGCUGAAAGUCAACAGAAAUUGCCCUCUGUGUCGCAGGGACCUGGCCACAAGCCUGGAGAGUGGCAACUCUGACUCGGAAGAGGACAACUCUGCAGCAGUCAGUCCGGAACGGAUUGGCGCCACGGGAGCUGCUGGAAAUGCUGAGGUGUCUAAUCCCGGCACCGAUCCAGAGGCAGCGCUGGCCGUGGUCCCCACGCCGCCGGGUGAGGCCUGCUCCUCAGCUCCCCUUUUUUGUCCCCUCACUCUUCUCACAUCUUCUCACUUUCAACUGCCAUGUGCAGCUUCCAGACUUAGUAAACCUGAAGCUGGCGACAUGCGACGCAUUUCGGAAGCUUUCAGGGCGUCGUGGCCUUCGAAGAAGCACCGCAAAGCAAUGAGGCCUUGUCGGCUAUUCGCCUGCUUCAGUUCAAUGCUUCAAGCUUGA